AUGGAAAGCAAUCCAACAUUGCCAAACAGUUAUGUGGUUGUUAUCUCUCCUCAAUACUGCACACCAUAUCAAGUGGAUCUCUAUAUUGCCAAGAGAGUCAAGAAAAUAACAGAAGGUAGGCACUUAGGAGCUUUUGAUAUCAAUGGAAAUAACAUAUUCAAAGUUAAAACCAAUGGUUUUUUCAGCAGUCGACUUACCAUAGUUGAUGCUGCCGGAAUUCCAAUUGUAUCUCUGAAACCAGUGUUUUUUUCUGUACUUGGAAGGUGGAAAGUAUAUAGAGGAGAUAGCUCAGACUCAAAAGAUUUGUUGUUUACUGUAAGGGAAUCUAAGUUUUUCCAACUCAAGACUAACUUGGAUGUGUUCUUUGCAUCUAACACAGCUGAGGAUGUCUGUGAUUUUAAGAUCAAACAAAGAGAUAGGAAAAAAACUUGUUUUAUCUAUCGAGGGAAUUCCGAUAACAUUAUUGUCGAGAUUCACAAAAACAAGGCUGUUCGAGAUAAAGUUCGUGGGAUGGACACAUACUCAGUCACUGUCAAUACGAACGUUGAUUAUGCGUUUGUUAUUGAUAUGCGUGUGGUUCUUAAUGAGUUUAAUACGCCUAAGAACACAGGCGGUGGCGGGGUUGAUGGUGGUGGGGCGGCGGGGGUGGAUGUGGUGGUGGUGGCGGAUGAUAUGGAGUUUGUGUGGAUGUUAAAUAGCUCAGUUAUGAUAUGUAUUUAUUUUUGA